AUGAGAAUGUUGGGUACUGUGGCUCAGGGGUUCAUCGGUCAGAACCGUCGCAACCAAUAUGAAAAAGAGCUCCGGCGUGGGAGGAUAUACACACUGACAAACUUCUAUGCUUCCAACAGCAAGGUGAUGUACCAUAUUGCUGAUCAGAGGCUGGUGAUUUGCAUCUCACACGCCUCGAAGCUGUCGAAGUUUGAUGACAACAUUGAAGAUGUUGUUGGCCACCUUAAGCUGGUAGAAGGCCAGACUCUCCAUCAGCGUCCGGUGUUGUGCACCAAGGAUGACUCGACUUCUCGGAAAGUUAUGGUUCAUCUGCAACUUAAAGAGUUGAGCACGAACCCUUCUGCAACUUCUUCGGUCAACCCUGUUGAGGUGGUUAAAUCUGAGACGCUCACAAUAAGUGAGAUUGCUGCCUUCAUCAAGCGUCAGCCUGCUAAGAUUGCCUACGUUGACUGCAUUGCCACCAUUGAUGAUGUCAAGCUUGGCACUGAGUGGUAUUACAUCGCUUGCAAGGACUGCCAGACAAAGUUAAACCGUGGGCCGACAACAAUGCUUUGUCCAAAAUGCGGCAAUGAAAAUGCUACUGCAGUAGCCAACUACCGCGUAGAAAUGUCUGUCUAUGAUAAUGAGGAGCAGUGCACUUUCAUCAUUCUCGGAGAUGCUGGUAAAGAUCUCACUGGCAGAAAAGCAACAGAGUUGAUCGACACUUAUGUUGAGGAAAAUGGUGGAGAUGGGGCUGAGCUUGAGAUUCCACUGCCACAAUAUUUUAUCGACGCAAUAGGACAGACAAAGAAAUUCAGGAUCAAGGUGGCUCACUACAACUUCACAUCUACCCGUCUAUCCUUGACAGAUACCAAAAUUGUCUCAUCAGCAGUUUUGCCACCAAAGAAUCCUCCACUCAAAACGCCACCAGGAAGUGAAGUGGAAAUGUCAGAGUUAGCUGAGAGCAGUGGGGUGGUACUUCAGCCAGUGACGACAAGAAGAAAGCAAAGCGUGCCAAGCUUAGUGGCUAGAUCACAUGCAGUAUAGUCACUCCAUCAGUGGCUGGUACAGACUGCUCAGUCAUAAUGCUUCUCCAAUAACAGUCUUCUUAUCUCUCUUUAAUCAGUUUGCUUUC